ACCAAUUAAGUUUUGCGUUGAUUAGCAUGAAAUGGCUGAUCAUUCUAAUAUUCCAAUUUUACUGCCUUUUCGAUCCCAAUAUAGCACAGCCUGUUUUCAGUUUUCAAUCGUCGUGUGAAGGCAAUGAGACAGAGUACUCUCCAAAUGGUGCAUAUGACACAAAUCUUCACACAGUCCUCUCCUCUGUUUCGCGUAAUAUAGAUAGUUACGGAUUCUAUAAUACUACCAUAUGCCAAGACGCGGACAGGGUUAGUCUCAUCGCGCAAUGUAGAGGAGAUGUCGAAUUACAAACAUGCCGUGAUUGUAUAUAUAAUGCUACUCGCAAGAUUUUAGAGGUAUGUCCUUACAGGAAAUCGGCCUUUGGUAUUUAUGAUAAGUGUAUGCUAAGAUAUUCAAAUGAGUCCUUCAUAGGCACCGUUUCAACUAACCCUCAAAAAAUUGCUUAUAUCACCACGAGUUUCUCGAACCCUCAAUUGUUUUUUAACCAAUAUCUGACACCCUUGUUGACAAGUUUAAGAAAUCGAGCUUCAAUGGGUAGGAAGCGCAAGUUUGCUGCUAAUAUUACUAAUGACCUUGAUAAUGUGACAGAACAUGCACUUGUACAGUGCACAGCCGAUUCAUCAGCUCAAGGUUGUUUCGAUUGUUUGACCGCUGCCUAUACAAGUUUGCCUGACUGUGUCUGUUACGGGAGGCUGGGCAACUACUUUUUGAUGCCCAGCUGCAUUUUUAGGUAUGAGCCUUACUCUUUCUUCAACGAGUCGUCAUUGACUGAAGCUCAGCCACCCUUAUGGCCAUCUCCGCCACCAGCCUCAUUGCCAUCGCUGCCACCAGCCUCAUUGCUUCCACCACCACCACCACCAGGUAUUUGAAAUCUUUGUGGAACUAUAUUGUUAGCCACUUCA